AAAUAUUUAAUUAUUUUCUCUUUUACAGGUGUGCAGUAUAAAUAUUUGCAAUGACUCUUCAGGAGAUUGUUCAGACUGCAGCCAGUUUAUAUCCUGAGAGAAGAGCAGUAUGCUUUGAUGAAUGCACCAAUAAGGUUCCAGUUAUCUACACUUACAAAACAGUUAUUAACCUAGCCACAGAACUUAGCGAUUUCCUGAAGAAACAUUGUAAUUUCACCAAACGAUUUGAAAUAGGCCUCUACUGCUACCCAGGAAUAAACCUGCCUUCUUGGAUUAUAGGAAUUCUCCAAGUGCCUGCUGCCUAUUCCCCUAUCGAUCCAGAUGUCCCUCCAAACUUGUCUGCAUAUUUUAUGAAAAAGUGUAACUUCCAAUAUGUCCUUGUGGAGAAAGACAGAGUUGAUAAAUUCACAGUAGCACAUGGGCAUUUGUUCUGCCAUAAUUCCUUUGAAAUACCAAAAGUUGGUUUGAUUCUUUUCCAGAGGAAGGGCAGUAAUAUUGAACAUUUAAACAAUAACAAUGAAAGUUAUGCCGUGCCAAGUGGCUUAGAGGCGCGAGCCUUGGACCAGCUUGAGACAAGACCAUUCAAAGACCUGCUGGAUGUCAGACAGCAACGCUCCAUAGCAUAUAUUUUACAUACAUCUGGAACAACAGGGAUCCCUAAAAUUGUCAGGGUACCUCAUAAAUGUAUACUGCCAAAUAUUCUUCAUCUUCGAGAUGUAUUUAAGGUUACACCAGAUGAUACAGUGUUUAUGGCCUCUCCCCUGACGUUUGAUCCAUCUGUAAUUGAGCUGUUCAUUGCUCUGGCAAGUGGAGCUUCCCUGCUUAUAGUUCCUAACCUGAUUAAAAUGAUGCCACAGGAGUUGUCUGAGGCUCUUUUUCAGCACCACAGAGUGUCUGUGUUACAGGCUACACCCACACUUCUGCGCAGAUUUGGAGUUCAGUGCAUUAAAUCAACAGUGUUGUCUGCUGAUACAUCGCUGCGAAUCUUAGCUCUCGGUGGAGAAGCAUUUCCUGGACUGAAUGUGCUAAGAAGCUGGAGAGGAAAGGGAAACAAAACACACGUGUUUAAUAUCUAUGGUAUUACAGAAGUUUCCUGCUGGGCCACAUGCUACAAGGUUCCCGAGGAGGUUUUUAGUUCUGAUCACCGAUUUGAUUCCCUUGUACCACUGGGAACCCCACUGUCUGGAACAAUAGUUGAAGUCAAAGAUGCUAAUGGUUCUGCCAUUCUAGAAGGCGAAGGUCAGGUGUUCAUAGGAGGUGAGGAACGUGUCUGCUUUCUUGAUGAUGAAGUAACACUACCUAAGGGCACAAUGAGAGCAACUGGAGACUUUGUAAGAGUAAAGGAUACCGAAAUGUUAUUCUUGGGACGGAAGGACAAUCAAAUUAAACGUCAUGGCAAGCGCCUCAGUAUUGAAUAUGUACAGCAGAUUGCAGAAGGCUACUGUCAAGCGGAAACAUGUGCUGUGAUAUGGUAUCAACAGGAAAAAUUAAUUCUGUUUGUUGUGCCCAAAGGCAAUUUUAGAAAAAGAGACAUUUUAAAGAAACUCCAGGAAUGUCUUCCUAGCCAUGCAGUCCCAGAUGACGUUUUGCUGAUUGACACUUUACCAUUCACUUCACAUGGCAAAAUGGAUGUGUCUGAGCUGAGCAGGAUUUACAGCAGCCAUUUGAACUCUAGAAGAAGUGACAGUAAGCUGAACGAGAAUGAAUUGUGGGAGAGAUUGCAGCAUUCAUGGAAGGCUGUUCUGAAUUUCCCAGAUGAAUCCGCAAGCAUUUUAAAAGAGUCGCGGUUUUUGCACAGUGGCGGGGAUUCCUUAAAAUCAUUACAGCUCCAGGAUGAAAUUGAACAUAUUGUAGGCAAGACUGUCCCUGGCCUCCUGGAAAUUAUUCUCAGUAGAUCCAUCGAAGAGGUCUACAGACAUAUCUUAAAAACAGUUUUCCCAAGCAAAAACCUGAAAUUAAGCUGUAACAAUGCUGUAAAAAGAAAGCCGAGUGAAAGCAGCAGAGAGGAGCCCAGUAAAAAGUAUGUGGAGCUAAAACCUGAAACAUCCCCGAUAGUUGAAUCAAAUCUUGUUGGAUUUACUGCCGUGACCCGAGGAAACCGGUUGUUGUCUAUGGAUGACCCUUUGAAGAACUACAGUAAUACAGAGCAAGCAGGAGAGUGCGAAGUUUUGCCGAGCGUGCAGGAUGAAACAAUUGUCAGCAGUGCAAAUACGGCAGAAGAUGAUUCUAUACUAAACACUCCUGUACAUGAGAAUCUUGGGCAAAUGGCUGAAAAGUUAAUGUUGCAUCUCAGAUGGAAGUCAGACCUGGGCAAAUGUGUGGAUGCAUCUCCACUAGUUGUCACCGAAAAAUUAUCUGCCUUUGUGUAUAUUGGAUCGCAUUCUCACAGGAUUCAAGCAAUUGACCUAUAUUCAGGAAAAAUCAAGUGGGAGAGAAACCUUGCAGAUCGCAUUGAGUCUUCCGCCUGCAUAUCUAGGUGCGGAAACUUCAUUGUUGUUGGAUGUUAUAAUGGGUUGGUGUAUGUCCUCAGAAGGAGUGAUGGGGAAACACACUGGACAUUUGCAACUGAGGAUGCUGUGAAAAGUUCUCCAGCUGUGGAUCCUUCCACAGGGGUAGUCUUCAUUGGAUCUCAUGACCGUCAUGUAUACGCUUUAGAUAUUUAUAGGAAAGAGUGUGCCUGGAAAUUACACAGUGAAGCUGGAGCUGUAUUUUCCUCUCCUCACCUAAAUCUGUUACCACAUCACCUGUAUAUUGCUACACUUGGAGGGCUGCUGCUAGCUGUAAAUCCAAUUACGGGGGACGCAAUCUGGAAGAGCUUUUGCGGAAAACCCAUCUUCUCAUCACCACAUUGCAACAAGGACUGUGUAUGUGUAGGAUGUGUGGAUGGAAAUUUAUAUUGCUUUAGCCACUUUGGAGAAAAAAUAUGGAAGUUUUCUACCAAUGGACCAAUUUUUUCAUCGCCAUGUAUUUCAGAUUUUUCCAGCGAUAUAUUUUUUGGAUCCCAUGACCACUUUACUUAUUGCUGUAGUACAGAAGGUAAUUUAUUGUGGAAAUUUGAAACAGCAUCAACUGUAUAUGCAAUUCCAUUUGUUUUCCAUCAUCAUUCCUUACCAGAUGAAACGCUUCUGGCAGUGGCAUCCACAGAUGGCAAAAUAUGGAUCUUGAAUGCCAAGACUGGCUUGGUAGAAGGUGAAGAGAAGCUUCCAGGAGAAGUGUUCUCAUCUCCUGUUGUAUGGGGAACAACUAUCAUUGUAGGCUGUAGAAAUAACUAUAUUUAUUGCUUUGAUUUAUGUGUUUCUAAAACCAAAUAAGGUGCCUAAAAUUUCCCUUUUUCGUAUUUUUAAUUUUGCUUGUACAAAAUAGGGCUGGGUGGUGUUAGGUUUUCAACAUCACGAUGCACCACCAGCCAAGCACUGUGAUCUGGCCAUACACCGUGAUGUUGAAACAAGCUGCGUUGGCCCCAGCCUGUGAGGCGUGGGGUAAGACUACUGCAGCGCUCACUGUGGGAGCUGAGGCGCUUUCACCCCAGUGCCUCACAGGCAGGGACAAUACAGCUUGUUUGCACUGCUCAGCGAGCCCAAUGUCUGUUGAGGGGCAGGCAGCCGCGUGCCCCUGAACAGAGAAGUUUAAGGGAGGCCUCUGGUGGGGGCUCUGUUACACUUGAGGAAGCCCAGCGAGCUACCUCUUUCUCCAAGGAGGUAGAGGCAGCCCACUCACCCCCCACUUGCCUGACAGGCUCUGUACGCAGGGCUCCCUCAAGUGUAAUGGAGCCCCAACCCCACCUCUGGCUUGCAUGAGCCAGAGGUGGGGUUGGGGCACUGCUACACUUCCCUGCUGAGGGGUGGGCAGCCAUGCACCCCAGAAUGGAGAAGUUCAAAGGAGCCACCUGCCUGUGCAGGCAGCUAAGGGAGGAACAAAGCUACAUGCCAAUGUAGCUUGUUCCUCUGUCAGCAGUAUGAGGGCCAGAGCGCAAUGGUUGCUUCACCCAGUGGUGAAACCUCUGCUGCAGCUUGUUUCUCCCUUGCCUGCUGGUGGCAGAGGAGACUCACCAGCGCCAGUUUCACCCGCAAUAUACUGCCAGGUGAAGCAGCCAUUGUGGUCUGGCCCUGGGCGAUGUAUCAGUACAUUGCCCAGGCCUAGUACAAAAUAGAAAACCUUGCCUUCAGCGCAAAAUCAUCUAUUAAUUUAAACCCCAGCUUCCUGACAUAACAGAGUUCUCUUAAUAGCCAUGGUCAUCACUGGCUAAUAUGUACUGUCCAUGGCUGUGUUAGAUGCCAUACUAUGUUUACCAGGGCACUUUGGAAUAAUUUUUAUCCCCCCAAAAGGCAGCAUAUAAUAUUUAAGAAAGAGUAAUUUGAAAUUAUGAAUUUGCUAAUACAAAGCAUUUCAAAAACAUGGCUUGAGCUUUUUAUUUGAGAACAGCAUCAACCCCAACACUGAUGGCAUGAUAGAAAAGUACUGAAUAUUGCAGGACUAGAUGAGCUGAUAGGGUUCACUGUUUAACUUUUUAUCAUAUAUUGCUAUACCAAUAUAUGUGUGGGGAUAAGUGUCUCACCAGCACAAGGGUCGCUGCUUGCACAACAGGACUCCCUGCCUCUUCUUCCCCCGCACAGACACCUGCUUCAGGGGGUUGAGGGAAGCACCAGAGCAGAUUGGGGGGAAGAGAGGGAAAGCCCUGUUGCCUAAGCAGGAAUCCUUGUGCUGGCAGGACACUUAGUGCUGCUUUGGCUCAUUUCUGUAAUGUGCAAAUGACAAAA